AAUAACAUUAGUAUUAGUUCAAUUGAUCUAUUAAAAAAAUCACCUCCUUGAUGGUGAAUAGCGCCUUUGUAAUUUAUUGGGAUGUUUGAAGCGAUGAAAUUAUAAAAUCUUUUCAUGUUUAAUCAAAGGGCAUUGAUACCUAGACAAAGAUGAGCACAGAAGAAUGGAUUAAACAGAUACUGAUGAUCUGGCUUUUGACCUUUGGUUGACUGCAUGUGACCAGCAGCUGUUUUGUGAUUGGAUACUGAUGAAAGUAAAAAGACAGAUACUGACCUAAAAUUUGGUUUACAAACUUAAAUAGUCUAUGCCUUUUGAGUGAUUGAAUGGUAUUUUUAAGUGGUAGCCAGUGUGUUGAUACUGUAAUGAAAGAUGUGAGGAUUUUUACCAACAGUGCUGAAUAUUUUAAUGGAUUUAAAUUGAAUAUAUAACAUGGAGUUUUUAUUCCACCCUGGCAAAAUGAAGUGGAUAUAUAUGAUUGGAAUUAUACUUUGCUGUGGAUUGGGAAGAGUAAAUUCAGUGGAUCUCUCUUUAUGUGAAAAAUCCCUGGGUAUGGAGAAUUUCAAGCUACCAGAUUCUGCCAUAACGGCCAGUUCUUCCUAUGAAGAUCAGUCAGUUGGUCCAAAAAGUGCUAGAAUAAGACAGGAGCUGUAUGGAGGAGCCUGGUGUCCUAAACAGAUGAUCACUAAGGAAUCUUAUGAGUAUUUACAGGUUGAUCUUGGCGAGUUAACAGUCAUUACAAAGGUCGAAGUUCAAGGACGCUUUGGCAAUGGACAGGGUCAGGAAUUUACAGAAUAUUUUUUACUGGAAUAUCAGCGUGAAGAUGAUGGUGAAUGGGUUAGAUUUAAAAACAGGAAAGGGAUUGAGCAUUUUAAAGGAAAUACCAACACAUAUUUAACAGAAAUGUGCGAGGUAGAUCCUCCCAUAGUCUGUAAACGUAUUCGGUUUAUUCCAUUCAGUCAGAAGAGACGGACUGUUUGUAUGAGGGUAGAAUUGUAUGGCUGUAAAUGGCUCUCUGGUGUAGUUGCAUAUUCAAUGCCACAAGGAGAUAGACGUGGUGCUGAAGUGGAUCUUUUUGACUUUACAUAUGAUGGUAUAUUCUAUGAGAACCAUUUAUCGAAUGGCAUGGGACAGUUAAUAGAUGGAGAAACAGGGGGAGAUAAUUUCCGAUCAGACAAACACAACUUUGGUAUAAAAGGGUAUGACUGGGUCGGAUGGAAGAAUGACUCAAUGGUCAGAAAUAAACCUGUGGAAAUCAUCUUCAAAUUUGAGCAAGUUCGGAACUUUUCUUUCAUGACGAUACACACAAACAACCACUUCAGUAAAGAUGUGCGAGUGUUUAGCAAAGCUGUGAUUUAUUUUAGUGUUGGCGGGAAGUUUUACCAGAAAAAACCUCUGAUUCAUACUGAAUACCAGGACAAAUGGGUGGAGUAUGCCAGAGAUGUUAAUGUCUCCCUGUCAAAUAAUAUUGGACGUUACGUUAAAGUUUAUCUAUACUUCGAUGAUAAGUGGAUUAUGAUCAGCGAAGUUGACUUCAGCUCAAAGCCAGCUGAUAAUUAUACUGUAGAAGUGGCGCCACCUACAACCAAAGGGCCCUCAACUCUACCACCUGCGAUACCAAAACAAGAUUUCUUUGAUGUUCCUAUAAGUUACGAUAAGCCAAGUCAACCAAUGGAGGAUAUCCCACCAUCGAAAGAAGCGGCCCCAGAUGAUAAUAUUAUUGCUAUAAUAGUUGGAACCUUAGCAGCACUGAUUGCUCUGUUAGUCGCCAUAGUUUGUUUUAUUUUCUGGCGGCAAAGACGGAGCAAACAGAAUAACAAUAGGCACAGUCUGAAACCAGCUGUCGAUAGAAACAUACCGAUCAACAUGAACGAUUUACACGGCACUAGGAAUGGGAAGGUUUUAAAUGGUAACGUUUAUAACAGUGUGGCGACUGACGAUGUGGAAUGUGAUGCACACAUUUGUAAUGGUGAUAAAUCAUUUUCAAGAGAUUAUGCCAUUCCUGAUGUUACCAAGUCAGCAUUGGUGGUGGCACUACCUCCUCAGCCACCACAGCCACCAUUGAGAGGAACACCAAACCCAACACAAGGACAACCAAUACUGAUUAACUCCCUUGACAAACCACCGACUUACGAUGCCCUGUAUGCUGCCGCUGAUGUUAUUAAUGUUCAAGUACCCAACAUUCCCAGCUUGCAAGGUGUCAGUGGUAAUAAUGUUUAUGCUGUUCCUAAUGCAGAAAUCCUCCUAACAUUGGAGCACUCAGUGACUCAGUUUCCUAGAGACAAUCUACAGUUUAUCGAAGUUUUGGGAGAAGGACAAUUCGGAGAGGUACAUUUAUGUGAGGCUUUAAAUGUUAGUGAAUUCAUUAAUGACGACUACUUCAUAAACAGAAAUAGUAAUAGACCUGUUUUAGUGGCUGUGAAAAUGUUACGGAGAAAUGCAGAUGACAGGGCGAGAGCCGAUUUUCAUAAAGAAAUAAAGAUAAUGUCUCAGCUAAAGGAUCCAAAUAUUGUCCGUGUUCUGGGAGUUUGUACUCGGGAGGAACCGCUUUGUAUGAUCGUGGAAUACAUGAAAUAUGGAGAUCUUAAUCAGUUCCUUCUGGAUCAUGUACCCGAAAGUCCUGUUGCCCUGGCAACAAACGCAAAGACAUUGAGUUACGGCUGUUUGAUAUACAUGGCGUCACAGAUUGCAUCUGGAAUGAAAUAUUUAGAAUCAUUAAAUAUGGUACAUAGAGACUUGGCUACACGUAAUUGUUUAGUGGGCACAAACUAUACCAUAAAAAUAUCGGAUUUUGGAAUGAGUAGGAGUCUGUAUAGUGCUGAUUAUUAUAGGAUAGAAGGACGAGCUGUGUUACCUAUUCGAUGGAUGGCUUGGGAAAGUAUACUACUGGGAAAAUUUACAACCAAGAGUGACGUUUGGUCCUUUGCAGUCACUCUAUGGGAAGUUCUGACUUUUGCCAAGGAUCAGCCAUAUGACGCUCUUACAGAUGAAAUGGUGAUCGAAAAUGCUGGGCAUUACUAUAGAAAUGAUAAACAAGAGGUCUACCUGCCUCAUCCACCAAAUUGUCCCAAAGAAAUCUAUGACUUAAUGUGCGAAUGUUGGAACCGUAGCGAAAGUGCUCGACCGACAUUUAGAGAAAUUCAUAUGUUUCUUCAGCGCAAAAACAUGGGUUAUAAUCCUAAAGACGAGAAAAUGAAUCAGUUAAAAGUUCCAAUAUGUUGACUAAGAGAACCGAGUUAUAUUCGGAAACAUUUAAAUACUAGUCAACAAGUAGUUAAAUUAAACAUGCUGUGAUUUCCCGUAAGACUUCUUGUGAGAAGACAUUUAGCCAAUAUGGCUA